AUAUCGUCGGUUCGAGUCAAAGCCAGUUAAAUGUAUUUCACAUUCAGGUAUUUGCUUGACACUCGGUUAGAAAGUUGUUUCCUGCGCUAUGGCGGCGUAACAGGCUUUCCAGACAUGUUUGGGGAAUACCCGGACGCGGCUCGACGACUUGGAAAUCCUGCGGGCUCUACGAGCGAGUGAGAGACAUGGACAACUCUGUCACCCUGUGGCAGUUCCUACUCCAGCUCCUAUUGGAUUCCAGUAAUGACCAACUCAUCUGCUGGACCAAUGAGGAAGGGGAGUUCAAGCUGCGGCAGGCAGAGGAGGUUGCCCGGCUGUGGGGUGCUCGAAAAAACAAGCCCAACAUGAACUAUGACAAACUGAGCAGGGCCCUCAGAUACUACUACGACAAGAACAUCAUAAAGAAGGUGAAUGGUCAGAAGUUUGUCUAUCGCUUUGUGUCCUAUCCUGAAAUCCUGAAAGGAGAUGUGACUACCCGAACAGAUGGUGGGGAUGUGGGUGGUGGGGGCGUUCCACCCUUAACAAGAAGGGACAGCACCCAACAGGAGGGUGAGUCUGGUGAUGGAGGACAGGAAGGAGGUAGCACAGGGGCUCUGGGUUCAAGCAUCAAGCAGUCAAACCGUAACGACUACAUCCACUCAGGCCUGUACACGUCCUUCACACUCAACUCGCUACAAAAUGGACGCCAGCUCUUCAAGUCCAUAAAAAUGGAGAACCCAGCAGAGAAGAUGGCAGACAAGAGGGGUCUCACUGCCACAGCCCAGAGCCAGCCACAACAGCCAACUGCUUUGCCGUCUGUCAUCAAGUUUGGAAACACCCCUUCGAAACCAGCACUAGCAUCGCCUCCUCAGGUUGCCAACGAGCCAAUCAUUGUGUCCAACCACUUCAAUCAUCUGCAAGCUCCGCCCCGGAGGGUUGAAGACAUCAGCUCACACUCCUCCCUGCCGCACCAUUCUGUCUUCUUAUUUGAACACAUCCGCCCAUCAGAACCAACGUUCAGCUUAUCAGAACUGACGUCAGCCAGCCCAUCCCGAAGUUUAGUGCCUGACUCCUCUCAGGAACUGGUGAUUGACAGCGACAUCGAGUCUGGAUCAUCUCAGCCCACAAAUGCUAAGGCGGCAGAGCUGAGAGACUCUCAGGCACAGGAGAAGGUGGACAGCGGCACCGCUCUCUCUGGAGAUGAGAUCUGUUUUGUGGAUGCUGAAACCAGUUCAUCCUCAGUGAGCAGCUCUACCACAUUCAGCACUCAGAGUUUUGGAAAGACACGCAAGCCGCCCAAAAUCCUGCAGAUCAGUCCACCUGCUCUGCUGGUCACCGCGUCCGACUUCUCCCCCAUGAACCUCUGCAGCCCCUCACUACCUACUGCAUCUCUCACACCAGCAAUGCUACAGACUCCCACACUGUUGCUGACUCCCAGUCCUCUGCUGUCCAACAUCCACUUCUGGAGCACGCUCAGUCCUGUCGCUCCACUCAGCCCAGCCACACGCCGCCAGGGAGGACACCUGUUCCAGUUUCCGUCCGUCCUCACCCCCCAGUUCCAGAUCCCUGUAUUCAGCACAGAUGGGACCAACACGCCAGGCCCCAUUUCACCAGACCCUCAAAAGACAUAGAGUUCAACCGCCCAGGGAUCACCAUGUCUGGACCCAGACAGUCAAACUCUCCACACCCCACCACUCCAGAACUCCAUCUUCUGCUCCCACAUCCAGGACACUAAUGUGGGAGCUCCGUCAUGACCUUUCCCCCUCACACUGGUGCUUAAAAGUUCACUACAAUCUGCUGUGUGGAGAGAGGAGAUGAGGAAUCCAGGUUUGAUGGAUGAAGGUCAUACGUUCAUAGCAUUUACACCCUGAGGAUGCCAAAGUGCACUCACACACACUUGCAAAGUAUUUUUGUCUGGCUUUUUUGGGAUCCUCAGUCACACCAGUUCAAAGGAGGGAGGAAUUUCCAAAGCAAACGUGUGCAAGACCAAUAAAUUUCAGAAUUUUCAACCUUUCCUUUAGAGCUCCCUUCUUAUCUUGUGCAACAGUUACUGCAACAAAGAAAGCUCCCAACCAUGUUUUCCUCUGCUGACACUCUGCUCCUUUUUGUUGCGCUGUACUUAUGCUCAUGUACCUUAUGCUCAUGAAACUAAAGCUCUUAAUUUUCAACCUGAACUUCAAUGUCAAGCCUUGCCUUCAGCUCCUCUGUAUUGUUAUAGCCAUAUCCAACAGGACUUUUACCUUGACUGUCUUAUUGUGACGUGUGGCCAUAGUCCAAGCUGAACCUUGAAUCACGCCUCUUUGUAACUGUUCUAGUGUGUGUAUACAGUAGAAUAGCCCUGAAAGCCUGGUGUUGCCUGGUCUGCCUCCAGCCAGAAAGCUUUCAAUGACACAAAGUGAAGCCAUAACCCUUUCUGAGCAUCGACUCUGCAAUUAGAAACUCACAAACCCUGAACGUCUUACUGCUCUGCUCUGUUGCCUUUUUAACUUAACUGGUAAAGGCAGACAUAAUUCACCUAUCCUGGAAGAGAUAAUAGUUUCAAGUUAUGAAAAAAAACGGGUAAUGAAAUGGCAAAUUUUCUAAGAAUACAGUAGUUUGACAUGUUGAAAAAUACAGUUGAGAGUUAAAUGACAGGAUUGAUUCACAGCUAUCAUGUUUGACCAGGAAACACGUAGCUUACCUAACUUAGACUAGCACAAAAGCUGGAAAUUGGUAAUGACUAGUUAAGCUUAGUUUGAGAGUAACAAAACAUUUUCUGCUCACCAAAAAACACUAUUAUUUGUGUGUUUUAAUACACCUGGCAGCUACAAAUCCUAAUAUUUUCAAAAUCCCAAGUGAAAAAACAACAUGCUGUCUCUAGCUACAACUACUUACAGCAUAGACAGACAUGAGAUAGGUUUCAACCUUCUUAUCCAAUUUGUGGUAAUGCAUACUCAGUGUAUUUUACCUUAAUUUCUAUUCUGGAAGUGACAGCAGAAAGAAUUGUUCCUCGUGAAUCAAAAUGACAGCAGACCCUGGAACCUUGUUCAUUGUCCACAGGUCAGUUUCCUUUAUUCUUGUAAAUUAACGAGCUUUGACGUUUUAUUGCUUGCAGUUUCAGUGCAGCUACUGAAACCCAGACUGAACCUCCUCAUCUUAGUAGCUGGACUCUUUCACUUUAGCCAAUCUGAACUACAUUGACCUUUAAUCAGGAGGAUGUAGAAAUGUUAUAGAACUUUCAAGCACCUUCCUGUCCCCUAAAUCUUUCUCGACGAGAUGAUAGGCCAUGAAAGGUCUGCACCUGUUUUCUACACGACUUUGAAGCCAUAACUCUGAGACUCAGACUCCCGAGGUAUAUCCCAACUUUCUAUGCUAUUAAACAUGGAUAUUGUACAUUACGCUUGUUUACACGAAAAAUAUAACACACGAGUGAGUGUGUUUACCCAAGUGUCACUUUCUAACCCAGGGAUGGAUGACCAAUGAAUCUUUUUUUUGGCGGGGGGGGGGGGGACUUUGCUCACUUUUACUUAACCUACAGCCGUCCAUCAAUGAUACAUGGUGCCUUACCACAGCCAAGCUCAAGUUUCCCUCCCCAAAGUAGACAGAGUACAGAUUUAACGGUAAACGACAGCGCUCCUGUUUGUUUUUAUGCCAUAUCUUUGAGUAUACCAAACCAGAGGCCAGAGGAAGUUUGAAAUAAAGUUCACCGCUACAUUGCAUGUGCUGCAAUGUUUUAAGGUUGCCUCACUCGACAUAGAGACGGCAGCAUGGGUUUAUAUGCACAGCACGUAAAACUGAACCUGGCCAAAUUGUAAGAGUUGGCAACCAUGUCUCUAUCCAACCUGCGUCUAAAUCUUUGUGAUAACAGAUCUACUCAGAAAAUAUAAAUAUAUAUAUAUAUAGGAUAAAAACCUAUAUCAUUUUUGUGUAAUCUUUUAUUUUCCUGUAACACCAAUAGAAUUUUAAGAUUAAUUUCUAUUUUUGUAAUGGCCAGAUAGGUAGAAUCUGCUAUUUUUGUUUCUCUGAUUUAAUGUUCUCUCUGUGCAUGUGUUUUUCAAUAUGUUGUUAUCCUCUUGUGGAGGUGGGCAGCCGUGGCCCUGUGGUGGUGUUGGCUUUUUUUAUUUUUUAUUAAAGGAAAUCAAAGCCUUAUUGGGAGAAAUGUAAAUCCAUGUUUUUAUAUGUGAUGUGUUUUGAUAUAGUGUUGAUAUUGUACAUGCAGAUGUUGUGAUGAAACGUUUGCACUUAAAAAUGUCGGGGUUCCUGUAGUAUUGGAUUCUGUGGCUUUUCUAUGACUCAGAUUUAUGACAUGUUGUUGACGUUUGCUUAUUGAGAAAUUUAUAUUUUCCCGAAGGGAGGAUAAAGUUAUGCACUUAGUAUUUUAUACCACAAAACAAGAGUUCAAUCUUAUCCUCUACAGCACAUAUGUUGUUUACUUCACCUCAUUGUAAUUUGGCAGUACAAUAUUUAUUUAUAUUUAAGCCCGAUAGAUUUGGUUGCUUAUAUUGCAGGGUUAGAGUAACCCUAAACCUGCAACCUUACUAUAAAAUAGAGGGAAAAUAACCUUGAAGCCCAUUUAAAAGUUUCCCCCAUCAAGACUUGUCAUGAGCAUAUUUGUUUGUAUUUUCUGAUGAUGUUUUUCCUUCAGCUUAUCUUGAAUUGUAAAAUCUUGUUUAAAAAAAAAGAAAUGACAUUGUUCUCGCUUUGUUUUGUCCAGUUCUCUAUUUGUUUGAAGCUUUUUUCAAAUGUUUACAAGCUACUUGUCUUAAGUGGCGUAUUGAUGUGUGACAGCAGGUUAAGAGGAAGUGUUUAUAAUGGAAGAGAUAAGUGAGACCAGUAAUAAAAGAUCUCAAACUGA